UGAGGUGGCCGUGUUUCUGCCCUACGAUGAAGGAGGAAAACGCAUCCAAUGUGUCCCAGGAAACUGUGACGACUGGGUUACAUUUAGUGGCGAGCGUGCUCCCUCGCACAUCAGAGUCGGGCAGUUCGUAGUAUGCUCAAGGAGGCCGGGCUCUUAGGAACAUUUAGCGUGCUCUCACUCGGCUCACUGUGCUCCGUCUGGAUGGCUGGAUUCAUCACUUUCUUCCUCUACGUUAUCACAGGGGGAUGGAGAUUCCUCCGGAUAGUCUUCUACACGGCACGCCGGGACUUGACGGGCCUAAUUCGGAUCACUAAGACAGGCUUAUAUUUCAAAUCGUGCCUCAAAGCCAAUCGGACGGUGCCUAUGGUGUUUCAGUCCGUGGUCAACAAGAACAUGGACAAGGUGUGUUUUAUCAUGGAGCACAACCGAUGGACAUUCAAACAGGUGGAUGACUUCACGAACAGGGUGGCCAACUGCUUUCUGCAGCAGGGACUGAGGCCUGGUGAUGAAGUAGCCGUGUUUAUGGACUCCCGGCCAGAGUUUGUCAUGCUUUGGCUGGGAAUGUCCAAAGUGGGCAUUGUGGCUGCUCUCGUCAACACUAACCUCAAAUCUGAUCCGCUUCUGCACUCCCUCACCUGCAUCAGUGCCAAGGCGAUUGUCUUCGGCAAGGAACAGGCCAAUGCCAUGAAGGAUGUGGCCCCUUCCCUUAUGGAGAAGGGUGACUACCAGUACUAUGUGUAUGGUGCUUGUGACACCCAGCCUCUGCCAGCAGUUGAUCUGGAGGAACUUAUCAAAAACAGCUCAUCAGUGCCUGCAGAUAUUGACUACAAAGGCAGCAUUCAUGAUAAGCUUGUAUACAUUUACACAUCUGGAACCACUGGUCUUCCCAAGGCUGCUAUCAUAAAGCACAGCAGGUAUUUGUCAAUGGUGUCUGCUUCCAAGUACAUGAUGCCCAUCAAGGCCGAUGACAUCCUGUACACUGCCCUGCCACUGUACCAUACGGCAGGUGGCAUCCUUGCUGUGGGGCAGGCUCUCCUUUUUGGAAACACAGUUGCCAUCCGAUCCAAGUUCUCUGCUUCCCGCUUCUGGGAUGACUGCAUCAAAUAUGACUGCACUGUGACACAGUACAUUGGCGAGAUCUGCCGGUACCUACUGGCUCAGCCGGUGCGUCCACAGGAAAGGCAACACAAGAUUCGCAUGAUGUUUGGAAAUGGCCUGCGACCCCAAAUCUGGAGCCAGUUUCAAGAACGCUUUGCCAUCAGGGACAUUCGUGAGCUUUAUGGAUCCACAGAGGGAAACGCACACGUCUUGAACAUUGACAACAAGGUGGGGUCCGUUGGUUUUGUGUCUCGGAUUGCUGGCAAUGUCCAUCCUGUCAAGCUAAUUCGAGUGGAUGAAGCCAGUGGUGAGCCACUCAGGGACAAGAACGGGCUCUGCAUCCCAUGUGAACCUGAUGAAGUUGGCGAACUUGUGGGACGCAUUGUGCGUGAUGACCACAUUCACUCAUUUGAUGGCUAUGCAAACAAGGCAGCCACCAGCAAGAAGGUCUACAAGGAUGUCUUCAAGAAAGGCGACUUAGCCUUUGCAUCAGGAGACCUGCUUGUCAUGGACGAGUUUGGCUACUUGUUCUUCAAGGAUAGAACAGGCGACACCUUCCGCUGGAAGGGAGAAAACGUGUCCACAUCGGAGGUGGAAGGAGUUGUUGCAAGGAUAGCAGGCCUUACAGACUGUGCCAUCUAUGGAGUUGAGAUUCCAGGAUCUGAAGGCAAGGCUGGCAUGGCUGCCAUCUGUGAUCCCGAAGGCAAACUUGACCUCAAGGCUUUCUUGCGGGACAUAAGAAAUGCCCUUCCUGCUUAUGCAAUACCUCUCUUUAUUCGAGUGGUGAAGGAUCUGGAAGCGACAGGUACCUACAAGAUCAAGAAAGUGGAUCUCCAGAAGCAGCAGUACGACAUCGACACGAUUGAUGACCCAAUGUAUUUCCUCGACCUAACCGCUAAUGAGUACGUGCCUCUAACCAGGGCUGUCUAUGACAAGAUUCAAAAAGGCGAGGCAAGGGUCUGAAAGCUGCAGUCAAUGCUACUCUGCCCCCUUUGAGGACCAAUGAAAUUCUCAGCUUCAUACACGUUAUAUGUGCAUGCAAAUAGCCUGGAGAAGCAGCCGUGCAGCUAAGUCCUGUUGGCUGCUGCCAUAGUCGUGGCCUUUCUGUGACACUGGAGUCUCCCCAUACUGCUUUUUGUCUUUGACUGCCUUGUCUUGUUUUACUGGCUCUAUGACGGCUGGCCAGCUUGGGUCAUGUGACUCAAUUAAGAGGAGCAGUACAAAUAAAAAACCGCAACAAAACAAGACAUGUUCUGCAGAAAUGGUAGUACUGUUGAUGCUGCUGUCAUUGUUAUCUCUGGAGCCAAUUAGCCUGCCUUCUUGUGGCAGAGCACAUAUAAAAUUGGUGCUGGGAUAUUGUGGAAAGAAGAGGGCAGGGCUGCCACUUGCUUAAGAGGAAGAUUGCAGCUGCCUCUUGAAAGUAUUUUUUUUUUAAUUUUACAUUAUUCGUAAACUGUUUUCAUAACAUGCCAUGUGAUAGAAUGUCGUCACUGUCGAAAUGUUGCUCAAUUUGUAGGCACACUGCAUAGAGAAGGAAGGCAUGCCAUUUCUGCUUUGUAUUUGGAAAAAUCUGCAUUUGACACUCUUGUGCUGCUUCUGCAGAGGCAAGAACACGUGCUUGCUUGUGAAGUAGUGUGUGUUGUUCUUGCUUCAUGCUGCUCCCACAUUCCAUUAUAACAGUAAAGCUUUUGUGAUGAGGCUGUUGAUCAUCUUGCCACUGCUGCUUUGAGAUUAUGGAGAUAUGCUACUUUGUGUACUAAAGCGCUUCUUUGGUGUCGCAUAACAACUGUUCAUGCAGCCUUGCAUUUGGAUGCCUAAAAGUGUGCACCGUGUGUUUGUUGCUAUCUUAGGCCUAUUCUUCGGCAGCUGUGUUCAACAGGCUUCGAAUGCAAUAUAGACAGUUUUGAUCUGUUCCGAAGGAAGCAACGCAAGUUUUUAGCACUGCGAAUGGCAAGCAGUGCACACUCAAAUUUGUCUAGUUGGUUCUAUCCCACUUGAAAGCUAGCGGGCAAAUUGCAAUUGGAUUAUAUUGCAUCCAGUUAUGUGCUAACAUAUCCUAACAGAGCAAUCCAGUGAAGUGCUGGGCUAUUGGUUUCACCAACCUUGUGGUAGAAGCUCAUCAGUAGCCUUGCACCUGCCUUGUUUUAGGAGGCAUGACAAUAAGGAAUUCCAUGAGCACUUCCACACUUUGCCAUGUGCUGCAGAUUGAGAUGCAGACAUUAUUAUAAAGGCGCCCAGUGCAUCAAUAUACAAGGGCGCAGUUGUUCAUGAGGCAUUUAAGACCUGCUGUUGGUCGUCGCAGAAUUUUAUUUUGUUAUGUGCAAAGACAAACUGUUGGUGAAAUGUUUGGGGGAAAAUUGCAUUUGCUAUUAUGAGAGCACUUUUUAUCACUGUUGCCCGCAGUUUAGUGAGGGAGGCAGUUUUGCCAUUUACAUUUUUUUUUUUUUUUACCUGUAAAAGAGGGAGCAAGUUGAAUGUUGUUUCUUGCUAAGCAAGGGCGUUUCCAUGUUGAUAUUGUACAUAUAGUGCUGAAAGAGAGAGAAAUGUUUUUUUUUUUUUGGGGCUUCUGUGAUAAAAGCGACCAGACCAGCUGAAGCCAUGCUGUUGUAAUCAAAUUUUUGUACUUAGGCAAAAUAAAAAUAUUACAUAUA